AGCGGCUGUUCAACGUUAACCGUUAAGACAAACCGUCCUGUAUUUACAAACUCAGCUCAUGUAUUCACGAGGAUGCGCGCGCCUCUUGGCAACGGAAGUUGAACGUUGUUGCUGGUGAAAACUUCCUUAACCGAAGCUAAACUACUGUAUCCAAACUGUUUUAAGCUAAAAUGUCGGCGUGUUGCGUGUCUGGCUGUAAAAGUCGACAUUCUUCAACCAGCAAACGGUUUUACAGAAUACCAGCCGGGUCUCGGCCGUUUCAGGCCAACCGGAGACGUUUAUGGCUCCAAGCUAUCGAGAAAGUGAACGGCAGCACCGAGGGGCUCAAUGGAAAUGCCCGCAUCUGUGGCGCUCAUUUUAAGUCAGGGGAAGCGUCCAUGGACCACGACAGUCCCGACUUUGUACCCUCUGUGUUUACAUAUGCUGACAAGAAAAAAGUCAAAAGGUACUCCAGUCGUAUAAAAAGACAACGAUGCACAGCCAAAACAGACGAAGAAGAAGAAGAAGAACAAAUUGCUUCACACAGAGCUGAUUUUCCGGUGGACCUCCAAUCCUCUGAUUUGACAGAGGAAAUACAGACAUCAUUAUCUCCAUCAGAACCAAAGGAAGGAGAAACAUGGACUGAAGAGGCUGAGACUGAGAGUGAAACCACACCAAUCAAAUCACAAACAACAUCACCAUCAGCAGACUAUCCAGUACCAGACAAAAGGAUUCCCAUUGUGCUUCUAAAACAUGUGUUUGUACCAGCAGGUGGGUAUCAGUGCGAGCAGUGCAAUCAGAACUUCACCAAUGCACCACAGCUUAUAAAACACAGACAGGUGCAUGAAGAAGAAGAAGAAGAAGAAGAAGAAAUAGACAGCACUGUCAUCUGUGAAUCUUGUGGAAAGGUUUUCACAAGUCAGGCAGAUUUCACUGAGCACCAGUGUGUCCCCAAGCCUUCCUUUCCGUGCAACAUUUGUGAUCGAACCUUCACUACAAGCCAUAACCUCAAGCGUCAUAAACUGCUGCAUGUCAAAGAUGGCAGGAAGUGCCACCAGUGUGGCAUGCUAUUCUGUCAGCGUCAUAACCAUGUUGUAUUCACGCCACUGGCCGAGUCCGUAACUGAGUAUGAAGAGGAUCCCACCGAGCCUCAAAAUUUAGACGCUGAUUUGACGCCAGAAAACCAUCUGCUGGAGAAGCCAGAGCCAAGCCAGACUGCUGACCUGGAUGACCAUGCUCAGAGCAGCAUGACUGUUUCGCCUAUACCCCCAAACCAUAAGGCCCAAUCUCCAGCCCCAUCUCAAGCCUCACACACCAAAGUGUUACCAGACAUCCCUCCACCGGUGUUUCUAAUACUCCCCUCUGUGUCACGUUUACCUCCACCGGUACCAAGGAUCUCAAGCAAAUCAUCUACCUCGUCUCGGUUUAAGACACCCCUGCCCAAGUAUCCUGUAGCCUCCAUUCAGCCCCCUCCCCCACCAAAUCUACAGCUCCCACCCUCCCUGAAGCUUUUCUCACCACAGUACCUUACCUCAGCAUUUCUUGAGGUUAACAGAAAUUAUGAUUAUAUUUUAAGCAAACCAGCAGGUGUGAAGAAGAGGAAGAAUAUUGUGAAGGAGGAACAAUGCGAGGGGCCUUGGAUUUCUCCUCAUGAGCAAAGUGUUGAGCGCGUCAAAAAGGAAAGAACUGCUUAUGAGAUGGAGUUCAUGCUCUGAUCCAAACAGUGGAGGGAAAUAUGUCACUUUAAAAGCAGUGACUACAUUUACAUAUACAGUACUAUUCCUCUAUUAUUCAUACGAAUAAUAUUAUUCAUAUGAAUAAUAUACAUGACAAUAUUCAGAACUUGAUAAGGAACACGUGAAGAGCAUUUUCCAUUUGGAUAUUCUGAAUUAGACCUUUUUCUGAAUGAAACAUUUUUGGAUUAAGACGUGGGAAACACCUGGAUCAUUCAGGUUUUAAGAGCAUACUUUCUACUUGUACGUAGCAUAUUUUUGCAUUCCCAAAGAAAGGCCCACAUUUCUGGUUGGUCCCCCCUCUGUUGGGGUACCUAGCGCACAGAUCUGGUACUAAAAGGUGGAGCUGUGAA